AUGAGUUCUUCCGAUAUAAAUUUAAUAGAAAGACUACGGAAAGAAAAUCUAGAUCAAUUUUUCACCCUAGUUCGUAUGCAUUUAUCGUUCGUCGUAGAUAUUAACACAGAUGAUGUUGAUUGUUCAUCAGACAAGCCAAAGCAAUUUCGCUGGAAUUUCCACAAAAAAUCGAAGAACUCUAGUUCUGCUUCUAGUCAAAAUAAUGUCAAUACUAUAAAAGGUUCAGCUGAUACGAAUUCUAUAACAGAAGAAGGUAUUUUGCGGCUAAAUGAGUUGAUAGAGUUUCUAUCGAAACCUGAAAAUGUUACUCAAGAGGGUAUAUUUCGUCGUACUGGAUCUUUGAGCAGGCAACAGGAGCUCCGUCAGCUUCUACAUACCGGUUCAAACCUUGGCCUGGAAGAAAGCAAGUUCUCUGUGCAUGAUUGUGCUUCAGUAUUAAAAGGAUUUCUUGCGGAAUUACCUCAGCCUCUUCUUAUGGAUCAGUACUAUCAAACUUACUGUACAUUAGCUACACAAUACCCACCGAAUGCCGAAUCAUCAGAAGCCAAGCUGUUGAUUGCUUUGCAAUUAUUGUUGCUGUUACUCACACCGUCACAUAGAAGCUUUCUCGAGAGGUUGCUCGAGUUGCUGAGAUUAGUUGCUGAUAAUGAAGCAUCUAACCGAAUGUCACCCGAUACUCUGGCUACUAUGUUCACGCCGCAUUUACUGUGUCCCAGAAAGUUGUCUCCUGAGCAUUUCCACAGUGACUCCAUAGCUCUCGCGCCGGUGAUAAGUUUCAUGAUUCGUCACUCGUCGCGUUUGUUCGAGCCCCCCUCGCGGCUCGUGACGGACGCGGCCGCUUACUUUACCGUGCGCGAGCGCAGACGCGCUCUGUCGCCUGACGUGGACUUGGAUGAGAGUAUAUCUGAUAGAACGGCGGCGAACACGGUAUAUACGUUCGUGGAUCGUCGACGAACACGUGCUGAGAACGAAACUAAUCCAACUGAUACUGCGCUCGCGCAGCUAUACGCACACAUACAAGCGUUACCAGAUUCACACCACAAGCGGAGACUCAUCAAACACUUCAACCGGCAGAACGGAUAUGGCACACCUAUUCAAAUACAACGAACCGGUAAAGCGGCUGGUUCGCGUAGUUUCGGAGAUUCUAUUAAACGGCACAUAUUUAAUAAGGGACUAUUGAAUAAGACCCCGAAGAAGGGGUCUACUAUAGAUACAGUGGAGGAGGAGUCUAUAAUGACGCCUCGGUCGCGUAAACCUCUUAUAAUAACGUCCGAGCAACGUGACAGUUUGCCAGAUACUAAUAAAAAUAAUGCCGAAUCGACGAAACCUGACGAUGUAUAUCAAUCGAUGUCGCCUAACAACGAUAGCGAUUUUGUGUCUUCAGAUGACGAUGUAAUGUCCAGAUCUACGAACUCGUGCGAGAGAUCUCAUUACUCAUCGUUACCAAAGUCUGGUUUGGAGAGACGUUCAUUGUCCUUAGACGACAUUAGUCCAUUAAGAUCGGAGAAUACUCGCUUCGUGAAUAGUCACGAUCGACCUAAACUAGAACACGAACUCAACAUAACAUUCACAGAAACGGGAUUGAUACCAAACAUCGAAACACAACAGGAACUGACGAAUUCUGUGGAGCGAACAUCUAAAUCAUUGACAGUACCGUUCAAAGAAUAUCUCCUUAGUAGAUCAGUGUUGACUGCUACGCCUGUAGAUUUAUCGAUUUUGAACAAAUCGAGCGAUAGUGAUGGGAAAAUAUCGGAUUCCCUAUUAUACUGUUUGGAUGGUAACGUACCAUCGGAUCUUACUUUAUCGAUAAGUAAUUUAGCUGUAGACAAAGAAUCUUUACGUUCGCCGUUGAAGAAUAUCAAUAAUAUUGUAAAUAUAGAUAAAAGUCCGAAUAGAAAACGGUCCGCUAGUUCUUCUUUACCAAAGGAUGUUGAGAUGGAGAGCAAAAAGAUUAUUAUAGAAAAGAAGAGUUUUGUAACUGAGAAUGUGAUGUUUAAAAUAAGAGAAACUGAGCUUUAA